AUGAGUUCGCCGGAUGACUCCUCCCUAUCUCCUGCACGGAAGAAUCCUAGAAGAGCUUGCCAAUCUUUUUAUGCAUCACUGGCAAAUAAAGCAGUAAGAAACCCAAAAACCAUCACUAAGCCAGAGGAUUCCAGUCUUGCUGGUGAGCACUUCACUCAAGCACCACCCGAGCAGCAGAGGGAAGGGGAUUUGCUGAAGAAACAGUCAGAAAAGAAUCAUGGACGAAAGGUAGCAAAACAUUUUGAGCAACAACAAGAGCCUCACUCAGAUGUACCUGCAGUCCCACUUGCCUCUACACGGAGAUCUAAGGCUCAAGGCUUAACUGCUUCAAAUGGACUCCUGCGUCCAUUGGCACCUGAACCUAAUUUAUCAGUGCCUCAAAGGACUUCCUCAGCUCAGGAAAAGAAUGGGUCUACACGACUUACGAGGGUAUCAAAGGAACCUAGCAAAGGAAGAAAAAAGAAAGUAACUCUAACGUCCAGCAUUUCAAAGAAAGUAGAAGAUGCCAACCCGGAUGUUGUUUCCAAUGGGACACACUCUGAGAAACUGGACUGUGGGCUGGACAACACUGACCCCGCUAAGCCUCAAAAAGGUUUAUAUAAAAGGGCAAGUGUGAGGUCUAGCAAGAGAAAUCAAAAUCACCAGCCCUCCUCAGAACUAUUCUCUGACCUUAAACCUACUCCUCCUCCUGAAAAGGACCCAACCUCAGCGGUUAGUGACUUUAAUCUUACCUCUGCGCCAAGAACACCAAAGCGGAGCCAAUCGCAGCUCCAACCGAAUCCUUGUCUCAGCUCAACACCUACUGAAAAGCUCACCACUCAGUGCUUGUCUACACAAGGAUCAGAGACUGCUGGUCCACAAAGCAUCAAACCAAGAAGACAACAGUCCAUACUUGACCUGAGUCCUGUAAAGGCUCCCAAGACAGAGGUUGCGCUGAAAAGCAGGGGCCAGCUACCGAAGUCUCUUGCCGCAUCAAAACCUGAGGUUCGCAGAAAGAGGAAGGGUCGGGAAGACCCAGGUGCACCCCCGACAGUCAAACGCAACCAGAAGAGGAAAGCGUUAACGCCUGAGUCUGUUCAGCAAAACCAAGCUGCACCUGAUCGUCCCCAACGCUGUAGACCUCGGUUCGAACCCCAAGAGACAGAGAUACAGGAACCAGCGGGAGAGAACUUGUCCUCUGACCUCUCCAUUGAACUGAGUCCUCCUGAGGAUCCACUCCCUCUCAACAGCACUUUUUGCUUGAGUGAGGAGGAGGAGGAGGAUCAGGAUGACGACGAAGAACUGCCCAGUUUCCUACUGCAGAUGGAGAAAAAGCCCCUGUCCAUCACUGAAGGACUAUGUGUAUGGUGCAAACUGAGAAAGUACCCAUUCUGGCCAGCAAUGGUGAAGAGUGUGAACCAUAAGAGCAAAAAAGCCAGCAUCGUGUUCAUCGAUGGCCUUCUGUUCGACAAAAAGAGGAUAAGGAAAGGUUUUUCAGUGUCACUCAGAACUCUGAAGCCUUUUGAUUGCGAGGAAGCAGAGCAGUUGGUGGGUAAAGCCAAAGAGAAGUACGGCACUGCUAUCACAUGGUGCCUGGAGCUCAUAUCUGACUACAGAAUCCGUGUCGGAUGUGGCUCAUUUGUUGGCUCAUUCAUUGAGUAUUUUGCAGAUGAUAUCAGUUGCCCGGUGAGGAUGAAAUACCCUCAGGGCCAUUCGGACCUUGCCUUCCCGAGCCAGCUCAUCCUGAAGGAGCAGUGCCAAAACUCGGAAUAUCUGGAGGAGGAGGAUGCCGAGGAGGAGACCACCAGCGACCAACUCGACGAGCAGUUAUCCAAGAAAGUUUUGCCUGAUCGCACCAAAGCUGCACGCAACCGUGCCAAUAAGAAGCUCAUUGACUUCAUAGUAAAGAAGCGCGGCGUAGAGAAACGCCUGUUGGCUGUCCUCGGCGGUCAGGAGACAUCUAAGUGGCUGCAGGCUCUGCUCAAGGCCAGCCGUUCUGUGGUGGACACCUACCUAGAGGAUGAGGAGCAGGUGGACCAGUUGUACACCUACCUUAACAAGCUAUAUGACAAUGCCUCAAAAGCCAGCUCUUUUCUGGCAAGCAUGGACAGGAUUCGCUUUAUCCUAGACGUCCUACUGCCUGAGGCAAUUAUACACUCGAUCGCAGUAGUAGAGAAGCUUCCUUUGGAAAAGGCUGAAGAGAAGUAUCGUAAAGGGCCUUGCUUUAGUAACAGAGAAAGACAAGAGUUUGACAUGAUGAUCGAACAACAGAUGAGACUCAAGGCAGUCACCCAGUGUUCCUCACAUUGACAAGACUCCCUCUAUUAUCUAAUGCAGCUGAAUUUCACUAAUGAACUUGGACAGUCUUCUUACAACAGAAGGGAAUGAAUAUGAACAAGAAGUGAACAGAAUAUUUCAAGAAAGCGUCUGAUGGUUGGUAAAUAAAGGGAACAUGCAAUUAAACUGCAUCUUUACAUGUUCAGAACCGUAAUCAGAAAGCAUCAACACAAAAACUCCAGGUCUUUCCCUGCAGCUCUGGCCUUACAUGGCA